CCCUCGGGUGAUUUGUGGGGGUACUUUUGUCCCCCGCCCCCUCUUAAUCCCCACCAUAUAACCCCGCUGUCAGCCCUACGAACAGGGUCUAAUUGCAGAAUACCCAGUAGGCUUCGGCCUCCGCGGAUUAUAAUGGAUAUCUAUAGCAGUGGUUAAAUUUUUAGGCCAUAAUGUACUGCAGGUCUAAAUAGAGCUAGAUUAUGAAUCUUAUAUAACCUCUUCCUUUUCCCAUAGCCCUCGCAUCUCUUUUCUGGCAUCUACCAAGAUAAAAUAAACUUACCUAACUCUAUUACAUAUCCCCUACCUCAUCAAAAGUAUCAAGGAUGGCUCACACCUCCGAAGAAACUCAAGUCUACGAUUCAACCACAUUCUGGGUUGCUCCAGCACGGAAUUUCAGAUCCUCGGCGCGCCUACACUUGCAACAUCUCCUCUUCCAGAACACUCUCGGCCACAUCUUAGAGCCGAACAUCCAAACCGCCGUCGCAGACCAUAAGGAACUUAAAGUCGCGGAUCUUGGCUGCGGAAACGGCGUCUGGUUGAACGACUUAGAUCGUGAGCUCUCUAGCAAGGGCGUAUCUGCCCAACUAGAUGGCUACGAUAUUCAUCCCACUAAUUUUCUUGCACCUGCAUUUCUUCCGCCGUCAGUCACUUUGAAGAAGUUGGAUAUCCUCGCCAGGCCUCUGCCUGAAGAUAUUAUAGGCACUUAUGACAUCGUCCAUGCCCGAGCCUUGACGAGUAUUGUCGUGAAAUCAGAUCUCGCACCCAUACUCUCCACCGCGCUAGCGUUACUGAAACCCGGCGGUUGGUUGCAGUGGGAGGAGUCACGGGCGGAUACGUAUUUUAUCGAACCACCAGCACCUGAGAUAUCGACUUCUGCAUGCGACACGAUCGUCCAGCUACUCCAGGCCGCAGGAAAAGCGAGGGGCUCCGGGUUUGAAUUUCUGGGGGAACUAGGACGUCACGUUGAAGAGUUUGGCUUUAGCGAUGUUCGUUCCCUUUCAGCUAAGCUCCGACGGCAAGAUUUAAAGGCUUGGACUGAAGAUUACCUAAUGGUCUGGGAGGAACUUUACGUGUUCUUCCCGCCUAAGGCUAAGGAGCCGCAGGCGCCGAUGACGAGAGAGGCGUGGAUAAACUUGUUUGCGAAGGCGGUGGAGGAAACGGAAAAGGGGGUCGUGGUUCAUCAGGGGGAGAUUGUGUCUGUUGUGGGACGUAAGCCUAUAUGAUGCCAGUAGGUAUUUAAUCCCGAGCGCUGAAUUCGGGCUAGAUGAUAGGGCUAUCCCCACUGUGGUUUAGGCUAAUCAGCGUAAAUACUCAACUAGAUACAUGUAAUAGGCUCUUUUCUGUUUGUGAUUUUGUUCGUAGUUAUUGAGUUACUCAAGUACAC